GCACACACACACACACACUCACUACGCACGCCUCCCAGACGUGUCCACAGGACACACGCCGGUCCGGUGUCAGGCUAUACGGAGCUGCUACCAGAAAGAAGCAAGACACACAGGAGAGACGAGCGGUGCCGCAGGAGGGUGCACGGUAUCUUUGUUUUUUGGAGAGCAAAAGCGCAACACCUUUUUCUUAUGUCUUAUUCUGUGAGCAUUACAAAAAACAGCUACUGACAUUCUGACUCAUGCUUCCUUGAGAGCUGCGACUGUGGACUUGCUAUACUACCAAGCCUCUACAGGAGGACCGACCCUCGUGUGCGCAAAAUACGCGGGGACGCAUAGAGGGUUGAUACGGGGGACUGAGAGGCUCUCAGUCGGAACUUGACGCACCCUGGAGCCGCUGUCUCUGGAGCGCAGCUAUCGCCCGAAGCCUCCCAGCUGCGGAGCGCACGCCGUAUUGAUCAAGGAGUUUGUUUGUCUGUUCACUAUAUUUUUGGAUGAGGUUGAGUGGCAUCGCUCCACUAAAUGGACAGACUUAAAAGGCAAAUAUAAUUCCAUCAAUGACAUGUAGUUGGCACACAAUUUCCUCCAUCAAUGGUUUGAUAAACGCCGUGGGAUUAUUCCUGAAGUGGUCUCGAUUUGAGUGCUGCCAGCGGUUUCUGGUCCUAUAGGGGUGUGGAUUUUUUUUUUGGAGGAACAGCAGCAUUUAUAUUGUUCGAGGUGGAAACGUUAUAAACUUAAAGCUCGCCGCGAGUUUCUGCAUCAUCCAAGAUGGAUUUUGAGUCAUCGCUGAUUGGAUUUUUAAUUGCAAUGUGUCAUCUGGCAUUGAGAGUCAGAGGCGAAGAUGCGGCAGAGUGCGGAGGCGUCUUCGAUGCCAGCGAGGCCGGUUACAUCACCUCCCCCGGUUAUCCUCUGGAGUACCCGCCUCACCAGAACUGCCACUGGAUCAUCACGGCGCCGGAGCCGUCGCAGCGCAUCGUCCUCAACUUCAACCCACACUUUGAGAUAGAGAGGCUGGACUGCAAGUAUGACUUCAUCGAGAUCCGCGAUGGGACUUCGGAAAAUGCUGAUGUUCUGGGUCGGCACUGCAGCAACAUCGCCCCGGCGCCAAUCAUCUCGUCGGGAUCCUCCCUCCAGAUCCGGUUUGUGUCGGACUACGCCCACCAGGGAGCGGGCUUCUCUCUGCGCUACGAGAUCUUCAAAACGGGGUCGGAAUUCUGCUUCCGCAACUUCACCAGCUCCUCCAGCAUGAUCGAGUCCCCAGGCUUCCCGGAUAAAUACCCCCAUAAUCUGGAGUGCUCCUACAUGAUCAUCGCCCCGCCCCUCAUGGACAUCACCCUCACCUUCCUGACCUUCGACCUCGAGAACGACCCCUUGCUGGUGGGAGAGGGCGACUGCAAGUACGACUGGCUGGACGUGUGGGACGGCCUGCCGCAAGUGUCUCCUCUGAUCGGCCGGUACUGCGGGACAAAGAUCCCUCCGGAGAUCCAGUCGUCCUCCGGCCUGCUGUCCCUCUCCUUCCACACCGACAUGGCCGUGGCCAAAGACGGCUUCUCCGCCCGCUACAACAUGACGCACAAAGAAGUCAGCGACUCGUUCCACUGCAGCAUGGCGCUCGGCAUGGAGUCGGGGAAGAUCAGUGACGAUCAGAUCACCGCCUCGACAACCUUCUACGACAACCGCUGGUUGCCGCGGCAGGCCCGUCUCAACAACGACGACAACGCCUGGACGCCUUCAGAGGACAGCAACAAGGAGUACAUACAGGUUGACCUCCACUUCCUGAAGGUUUUGACGGGAAUCGCAACACAGGGGGCCAUUUCAAAAGAGACGCAGAAGUCCUACUACGUCACUACCUUUAAACUGGAGGUCAGCACCAACGGGGAGGACUGGAUGGUCUACCGGCACGGCAAGAACCACAAGAUUUUCCACGCCAACACAGACCCAGCCGAGGUGGUUCUGAACCGCGUCCCACAGCCAGUUCUGGCCCGGUUUGUCCGUAUACGACCACAGACCUGGAGGAACGGCAUCGCCCUGCGAUUCGAGCUCUACGGAUGCCAGAUUACAGAUGCUCCAUGCUCAGACCUGCAGGGCCUGCUGUCCGGCCUGCUCCCCGACGCCCAGAUCUCCGCCUCCUCCAGCCGGGACAUGGUGUGGAACCCUGGGACCGCCCGCAUGGUGGCCAGUCGCUCCGGCUGGUUCCCGGCCCCAGCACAGCCCCUGGCUGGAGAGGAGUGGCUUCAGGUGGACCUCGGCGUGCCGAAGACGGUGCGCGGUGUGAUCACGCAGGGCGCAAGGGGAGGAGACGCAGGAAGUGGGGCGACCACGGAUAACCGGGCGUUUGUCAGGAAGUACAAAGUGGCACACAGCCUGAAUGGGAAAGAGUGGAAUUUCAUCAUGGACAGCAAGACCAGCCUGCCAAAGAUUUUUGAGGGGAACACACACUACGACACCCCGGAGCUGCGCCAUUUUGAGGAGAUAGUGUCCCAGUACAUCAGGCUUUAUCCAGAGAGGUGGUCUCCAGCAGGGAUCGGGAUGAGAGUGGAGAUACUUGGCUGUGACCUUCCAGAAACCACCACGCCGGCCGAAACCGCCACGCCAACUCUGCCCGCUGACAUUGACACCACCACCGUCCCCCUGGCGACUACAGUAGCCACUUCUUCUUCAUCCGACAGCGUGUGUGACUUCGACCACGGCCUGUGUGGGUGGACGCACGACCCCAACGCCCCUCUGCUCUGGUCCCUGCACAGCCACGAGCUCAACAGCUAUCUGUACAUGGACGCCAGCUUGAAGACGGAGCAGCAGCGAGCCCGGUUCGUGAGCCCCGUGGUGGCGGCCGACACCGGGCCCCUCUGCCUCCUCUUCUCCUACCAGCUGUGGGGGGAGGCCCAGGGCCACCUGAGGGUCCUGCUGCGGGACGCCCACAGCGAGGAGACCGUCCUGUGGACGCUGAAAGACGAUCAGGGCCCCGUCUGGAGGGAGGGUCGUACCAUCCUGCCUCGCUCGCCUAAAGACUUCCAGGUUGUGAUGGAGGGUUUCUUUGUGCACGGCACCAGAGGACACAUCUGGAUAGACAACAUCCACAUGAGCUCCAACACCCCUCUGAAAGAGUGUACACAACCCUUUGCAGCUUUUUCUCCAGAAAACCCAGGGGGAGGCGUUCCUGUGCCUCCCUUGCCCAUCCACUGGUAUUACAUUAUGGCCGCCGGAGGCGCCCUCCUUCUCCUGGCUGUGGCCAUCUUGGUCAGGGCCCUCUGUUGCUGCCGACAACACCUGGCCACCAAGAAGAGCCAGCUGUCAGUGGCCUAUCACAGCUCCUCACAGUGCUUCCAGUAUUCUAACUGGUCCUCCAGUAUGGCCGCCCCAGGGGUGGAGCCAGUCCUGACAGUGAGGUUGGACAGCCGGGACCGACACCGUACCCUCUGCUGAAAAGAAGCACUUAGCCGCGUUGUGUUUGGCAGAGCGGGACGCCAACUCAUGACGUCAGUGGCAGCGUGCGCCGCAAUGCCACAACACUGACGGAACAUCCACCCGACGAACCCCUCCUUCAUUUAGUUUACAGUUGCAAGGGUGAUGAUGACACUGUCCCUAAACUGCCACGUGGACAUUUGCAAAGAAACACUGUGCUCUCUCUCUCUGUCUCUAAUGGAUGUAGCUUCGGUUGCUGUUUCCUUCUUUCUUCCAUUAAGGAGUUUGCUGUUGGCAUUUUACACUGUGCUACUCCUGAUGAGAGGACUGAAGUCUGAGUAAGUUAUUUAUCUGAACAGCUUGUCUCGGACCAUUGAGUGCCGUCUGGCUCCUCAUAACCCCAGCGGUCCUCCUGGAAUGACCCCAGCACGGACAAACACACAGACAUGUGUGGGCUAGGAAGAGAUCGGGGGUCGAGCUGGUUCCGCUGCGAGGGCCAGCCAGAGCUGCCAAACCACAGGCUAAAAAAGACCCCAGAGACAUGAGGAGCUCUGCAGUGCUGAGAGAGAGAGAGAGAGAGAGAGAGAGAGAGAGAGAGAGAGAGAGAGGGGGAGAGGGGGGAGAAAACUGUUAGGCUGAUAGGCAUUCAACGUGCUAGCUGUGGAAAUGAUCUGGCAAGCCCCAGAAAAUAAAGCUCUUGGUAUCUCUGUAAUAAAACCAUGAGAUAGCUGUGAUAUGAGUUGUACCAAUAGUGAGGGGGUUGCAUUGGAGGAGGAAAAUAAAUCCGUCCAUUGUGCUUUUCAACAGAGCAUGUGCACAUUUAAAAACAAAAGGAAUGCAAAUCCAUCAUACUUUAAGUCCUGCAUCACAAAUGGUGAUAACCAGCUCCUUUGAUUGAAUGUCUUGUCUUCUCCUGAUAAAGGCAUCAGUCAGUGAUGGAUGCAGCCGUCUUUAGUGUUUAGUGUUUCAUCUCGAUCCUCUGGCGUAAUAAAGCACGUUGUUCCCACUCCCAUUCGCACUUCGUACCUCCCACUCUCGUUGUUCCCCAUGUCUUUGAGCUGCCCAGAUGAAACUCGUGCUGCGCCGUGCCUUGUUGUGAUUUCAUUGGGAAUAUGUGCUCGUUGUUUUUAGGGUUGUAAAUACACACAGCUGUCUGUCAUCACCGUCGCUGUCUUGAUUUAUACUCCUACAAAUCCCACAAUGCCGCUUUACCAGCUGGAAGGCAUACGUUGAGGGUUUUGCUGUAUAUGUUCACCCUUGAGAGCGAUCCAAGACAUUAUGAAAACCAGAGCAGAGCUCCAGCUAUUGAUGGCGCUUCCUCUAGCGCCAUAAGACGCCAUGACUGGAUAUUAACAUAAAACAAGAUGUAGCUAAUGCACUUCUUACUUCAUGUUUAACAUACAUGGGAUCCAAAAGCCUAUUUCGUUGUGAAAUUUCUCAAAACUCCGACUGAGCUAAGACAAAUUGGCACCAGUCUCUCUCUCAUCAGUCGGUGCAGGGGUGGUGAGAUUGGACACAAGCUCGGUUCAACACCCUAGAUUGAAUGAAAUUGAGGUCUUCACUCUGUGGCUUAACGGGCCGUGCUUUUUUUCGUGAUCUGUCACACCAGCAAAAAAUCCAUCACCCGCUAGCCCACAGCUCAGCAGAAUGCGCCUCGAUUUGUUGCCACAAUUUAGAGGCUGCAUUUCAGAGUGAAGAAGAAGUGUUUUUUGGCACGCUCUCACGCUGUGCUUUUAAAUCAACCCGGGGGAGAGAGGAGGGAUUGGACACCCUACUUGAGCCAUCUCGACACCGUUACGCUCCAAGUCUCUAAUAGUUCUAAUUAGUUAAUGGACAGAUAACAUUUAUUAAGGCUGCGGUAAGCACUUCCCCCCCCCCUCCCCCUCCCAUCUACUGCACCUCCGCCCGCCCAAUCAGCUGCCAACUUCACUUGCCCCCGGAAACAGUAUUAAUAACGCCAUUGGCCGUCAAAGACCUCCAGAGCUAGACGUGUGCCUUGCCAAGCAGUUACUCCCACUCCUGCAUGCUUGCCAAGAGAAGCCAGCGCAAGCACGCACUCGCACGCGUAGACACCAAUGCACACGCACGCAAAGUGGAAAGAAAACUCAUCUAAAGUAUAAGUACACUUGAGCUAUUUGGCUCAACUAAAGUGCUGCAGUCAUUGCCGGUUUUACCACACUUAUAAUCCUCCAACUCAGACCCUCACACACAUAUCAAUGUUCAGUUCACACCACACGGCUGUGAUUCGCACAGAACGGAAAGACAAGCACUACUUAAAUGUUGUUACCGUUAGCUGUUGUUGUUUUUUUUUCUUUCAUCGUCUUAUACACCACUCUUAAACUUGACAGCGACAGUGUCGAUGAUUUUAAUGGUGAUAAUGAUGGGUAAUGUUAAGUAUUUGAUGAUGUUUGCAUCUCUAUUCACACGGUCUUAUACCACCAGUAUGCUAUGUGAUGACUGUGUGUUUGACAGGAAUGUAUCAUAAUGAUCUUUCUCUAUUAAUAAAGUCAUAUUUUUCUAUUAUUCCAAGACUCGUGUGUGUGUACGAAUGCAGAACGUAAAUGUGAAUUCACAAUACGCAAAAUGUUUAGUUAUCAGUAAAUGUGUGUGUGGUCCUGUUGUUGCUGAUUGUUAGGAUUACAAAAUGUAUUAAAUCUGAGCCAGAAACAAACAAAUGCUGUGCUAAAGUCACAAUUGUUCUGUGUGGAAUUUGCUUCAUGCUUAAAGGUUAUGUUUUCUG